UGAUCGUUGUUAGGCAUCUUGAGCAGGCUGCACUGGAUUGAAAACGGGUUUUGUGUAGUUUUCGAGACAGCCGGAACAAUUUGUGAAAUACGCACAGAACGUCGCUGAAAUGGUGACAAUAACUGACCGGUCGGUCGCCCUCCCGCUUAUGUGGUCCAUCAAAAAUCCGUUCGAACUCAGAUGGAGGCCAAACCCAGCCUGCUGCUCUCCUUACAGACUGAACCCAAACAAGAAUCCCUAGAUUCUGAUUGUGACAGUGGAGCUCAGUGCUCAUUGGUGGAUUCAGAGAUGACAUCAGUAAAGCUGGAAGACAAAAGUCAAAUACUAGGACUGAAUGUUAACAUUAAAGAUGAAGAGGAGAAGAAGAUGGAGAUCAACAGUCACACACUGGGACUGAAUAAUAUUAAAUGUGAAGAGGAGGAGAAGGAGGAAGAGAUUGAGGAUCUAAUUAAUCAAGAUGAGAUUCCUGAAGUGGAGACGCUUGGAGAGGAACAACAGGAAGACCACAAUGAUAAGAAGUCUCACCACUGCCCCCAUUGUGAAAAACAUUUCUUAUCUCUAUUAAUGUUAAAAAAACAUGUUAACAUACAUACUAGAGAGAAACCUUACUCCUGUUCUGAGUGUAUGAAGUGUUUCAUUACAUCCUCUCAACUUACUAUUCACUGGAGGGUACACACAGGUGAGAAGCCUUACUCCUCUUCUGACUUUGGGAAGAGUUUCAUUAGAUCAGUUAAACCAACUAUUCAUCAGAGAGCACACAAAGGUGAGAAGCCGUACUCUUGUUCUGAUUGUUUUAAGAGUUUCUCUAGUUUAGGUUACCUUAAAACUCACCAGCGCAUACAUACUGGAGAAAAGCCUUACUCCUGUUCUGAUUGUGGGAAGAGUUUCUCUCAAUUAGGUAGCCAUACAGCUCACCAGCAAAUACAUGCUGGAGAGAAGCCUUACUCCUGUUCUGACUGUGGGAAGACCUUUCUUAGAUCAUCCGAUCUUACUAAUCAUCAAAGAGUACACACAGGUGAGAAGCCUUACUUUUGUUCUGAUUGUGGGAAGAGUUUCUCUCAUUUAGGUAACCUUAAAACUCACCAGCGCAUACAUACUGGAGAGAAGCCUUACUCCUGUUCUGAUUGUGGGAAGUGUUUCAUUACAUCCUCUCAACUUACUAUUCACCAGAGAGUGCACGAAGAGAAGCUGUACUCCUGUUCUGACUGUGGGAAGAGUUUCUCUCAAUUAGGUAGCCAUACAGCUCAUCAGCAAAUACAUACUGGAGAGAAGCCUUACUCCUGUUCUGACUGUGGGAAAACCUUUAUUAGAUCAUCUGAUCUUACUAGUCAUCAAAGAGUACACACAGGUGAGAAGCCUUACUUCUGUUCUGAUUGUGGGAAGAGUUUCUCUCAUUUAGGUAACCUUAAAACUCACCAGCGCAUACAUACUGGAGAAAAGCCCUACUCCUGUUCUGACUGUGGGAAGUGUUUCAUUACGUCCUCUCAACUCACUGUUCACCAGAGAGUGCACACAGCUGAGAAGCCUUACUCCUGUUCAGACUGUGGGAAGAGUUUCUCUCAGUUUGGUAGCCUUAAAGCUCACCAGCGCAUACAUAUUGGAGUGACUUUCAUUAGAUCAGUUAAACUUACUAGUCAUCAGAGAGUGCAAAUGGGUGAGAAGCUUUUCACCUGUUCUGUCUGUGGGAAGAGUUUCAUUACAUCCUCUCAACUUACUGUUCACCAGAGAGUGCACACAGGUGAGAAGCCUUACUCUUGUUCUGCCUGUGGGAAGUGUUUCAUUACAUCCUCUCAACUUACUAUUCACCAGAGAAUGCACACAGGUGAGAAGCCUUACUCUUGUUCUGUUUGUGGGAAGUGUUUCUCUCAAUUACCUGGCCUUAAAUAUCACCAGCGUAUACAUUCUGGAUAUUAAAGGGAUAGUUCAUCCAAAAAUCAUAUUUCAGUGGCAGUCCCCUUCCUCCCUGUAGGUCUUUCAUUAUUCAGCUCUGUCUCAGUCAGUAAUUAGCGUUAUUAGCAUCGUACAAAUUCAUGAAUGGAAACCGUACAUACCCCUAACCCAAAGCUGCAUUGCAAAACGGAAACUAAAACACUCCAAACUAAGACAAUUGUUGUAUACCUCAAAGAACAUCAAUCAAUCACAUUUAUUUAUAAUGCCCUUUUAACAACAGCAGUUGUCGCAAAGUGCUUUUACAGAAACACCCGGCCUUAAACCCCAAGGAGCAAAAAACUGUUGUAUUCCACGAAAACUAAGUUGUAAUUUUCGCAAUACAAUUCUCUUUUCAAAUAAACAGGUACUUCCUGUGUUUACUGAUCAGUUGUAUCAAUCCACACAUUCCUUCAGAAUUAGUCAGUGCAUACACAAUAAACAAAAGUUAGUGUUCACUAGCUAGAAAGCAAGUUACAUAUUUAAUCUUUGAUAUUCACCUCGGACAGUCUCCUUGGCGAUGGUAAACACGUUAAUCCACAACCCUUACCAGGAAUAUCCUGAGGCAGUGUGUACUUUUGUGUAUUGUAACAUAGCAAUCAGAAGUAUUAGUUACAAUGUAUCUUGUCUCCAUGGGUUGUACUGGGUAACUUGAUGGACUUGCCUCAGUCCUCUUCAAGGUGAACGGGUGCCAUGAUCCUCUGUAUUACCAUGUGUCAGAAAAUUAAAUGUUUCUCCCACAAUACGACUGCAUUGUG